AGUCAAUCUUCUAUGAAAAGGAAGAUACUCGACGACGAGGACUCAAAUAGUGGGGGAUCUAAGAAACCGCGGACACGAGUCAGUUAUUCAUGUGGCGAGUGUCAUCGUCGGAAACAGAAGUGUGACCGUCAAGUCCCCUGUUCGCAUUGUGUAGCUCGCAAAGUGCCAGAGCUAUGCAAAGCAUACACCCCAGGAAAGCCGGAUCAAGAUGUUCAUCUGCGUUUAGCACGCCUAGAACACAUCAUAGAAAUUGCAAUGCCUCAGUAUGCAUCCGGUUUACAAGGCCUAUCGCCCCUCGACGGCUACGGUGGAGACCACCAGCGAUCCAUCUCGCCCAGUCCAGAAGAAGGUCCUCAUUCUUCUUCGGGUGAUCAAGAUCCUAGUGGAGGGACCUUUCAGAGUGGAAAGUGGUAUGGGAACAGUGCGUCUGGCAGCGUCGCCCCUGCUUCCGUACUGGAACAACUGCAAAGUGUUGUCCCAGGUUCUGACAGCCGAGCACGAGUAAACAGCUUAGGAGGACUCAACGGAUGCAUCACCGGCCCCUCCUACCGUUCAAAUAACGGUAUCUGUGAUGAUACAAAGACCCAUGUGGCUGAAAAUUCGAUCAUCGACUCAGUGCGACAGGACUCAGAACCGACUGCCGCCGAUAACCUCAAGACACUAAUACAAGACUGUGGCGUUCCUCCACACAAAAUCACCGAACUCGUGCAAGAGCUACCUCCACAGCGCUUUUCGGAUGUACUUGUUGAUUAUUAUUUCAGUGCAGUAAAUUGGACUCGUUACCCCAUUUCUGAACGAGAUUUUCGCCAAUCAUACGCAUCUAUAUGUAGCAACGGCACUGCGGCCCAUCCUAAUGACGUCCGCUUCCUCCCACUCUUAUUUGUUAUUCUCGCAAUCGCUGUCAGGCUAGCACCCGAACAUGUCGCGGGAGACGCCAGGACGAGAAGACUGACAUCUCUUCGAUAUUAUUGGUCAUCUCGACGUUCGGUCUUGAUUGCAGCUGCCAUUCAACCUGAUUGUUUGGACAUGGUUCUUACUCGACUUUUGAGUGCUCGUUUUCUCACAUUUGACCGCCGAAUAACCGAAUGUUGGAGUCAGUUGGGUGCCGCCGUUCGGACAGCUCAGGCGCUCGGUCUGCAUCGAGAUGGUGCUAGCAUGGUGAGCAAGGGAAUGGAUCCUGCUCAAGUAGAAUAUCGUCGUCGAGUCUGGGCCUACUUGUAUCACGCUGAUCGAUCGUAUGCUCUUGUGUUGGGCAGACCAAAUGCCAUCCAAGAUGCAUACACCUCGACACAGCCUCCUUCGAAUGUGGAGGACGAGAUCACACUCGCUGAGAUUCGCAACCCCCCUCCUCUCCAUACUCCUACUCGCAUGACUUUUGUCAUCUUGCGCCACAUACUUGCCUCCAUUAUCGGCAAGAUCGUACAUCAUUUUCAACAGGUUCGACAGCACAGCCAUUACUCCGACGUUCUAGGCUUGGAUGAUGAAUUGAUGAAAUUUAUUCGCUCCCUUCCUCCGCAUUUUGCUUUGAAGCCUGAUACAUCGCUCGACGACAGUCUAUCCUACGUCCCUGCUCACCGGUUCUUACUCAUCACGGAGGUUUUGUUCGUUCGCAUCAGUCUCCAUCGUCCAUAUCUGCUCAGGAGGCUCAGCUCUGAUCGAUACCUUCGAUCCCGACAGGCAUGCUUCGAAUCUGCAGAGAAAGAUUACGAAAUACGAAAUACCUUCCAGGAGAAGAUACCUCAGGGCACGCGGGAUUCUCUCCACAGCGCCUACAGAGAAUUCCAAAGCGCCAUGAUCAGUGGCAUCUAUCUCGUAUUGGAGCCUAAUGGGCAUCUAGCGGAAACGAUGCAUGCUAUCAUGGACUCGUUUCUUCGCGAUCAUGAUGGUGUCAGGGAAAUGGACGAGACUACUCGACGAGAGUUGAAAAUCAUCGAGUUCUUGAAGAUCAAAGCUUCGCAAGUACAGGAGGGAUCUGUUCACGGCUCUGCACCACCAGAUAACAGCUCCACGCCAUCGUCCUCUGGGCCUGCGACGGAUGCCCAGCUCCUACUUGGGAUUCAGCGGCCUUCCUCAAGAACACCGUACUCAUUUGCUUUGUCGCCCCCGAAAAUCCAUUCUCCCCUCAGUUUAGCCAUGCCGACUAUACGACAGGCUUCCGCCGAAACCGCUUCACCUCUCACAAACAACGUCUUGCCGACCCCUGCACUACAACGAGUUCAGCAGCAAACUGAUCAAAGCGACGGUCAAAAUACCUCCAAGUCAGGUAGCCCUAACGCAGACGAUGAAUUAUCUACAGCACAAUCCCUCCUCGAUCACUGGUUGGGCUUCAGCAGUGGCGCUGUCAACAGCGAUCCCAGUGUAGAUGGCUCGGCAGGGCUCGCAGGUUUGCCAUGGGGAGGCUUCGGAAGUGCUAACCUUUCAGGGUGGUUCGGAUCUACUUCACCAGUUGUGGGAAAUGAACCCAAUCCUUCUAUGCCUAGUCUGGAUGGCUUAGACUGGAGUUAUUGGGAGACGUUGGUGAACGAGAUUCGAGGUGGACCUUCUCAAACAGGUCCAUAGGAUGAUAGGAUGUUAUCGUUAUCAUAAUGUCACCGGUCUGCUUCUCGACCGACCACGCUAUGGUCAUGUUGUUGUAAUAUCUGCCCACUGUAUCUGUAUGAUCGUUAUUUGAUAAUUAGAGGAUUCUCAGACUGCU